GAAUCCAAGCAGCAGCUCACUCACACACGGAGAUUGGAGUUCACUCAGCGCGAGCACUGCGUAACGGCUGCUUCUUCGAGACACUUCUUCGUUAACCUGCUUUAAAACAUCCUCCAGAAACUGACACCAUGGGCGUGGAAGGCUGCACGAAAUGCAUCAAAUACAUGCUCUUCUUCUUCAAUUUCGUCUUUUGGCUGGCUGGUUGUGUGGUCUUGGGAGUUUCUCUCUGGCUUCGUCAUGACAACAAAACUAGCAGUAUUCUGGAACUGAAGUAUGAGGGCGCAGAAGCACCCAGCACCUUCUACAUCAGUAUCUACAUCCUGAUUGCUGUCGGUGCUGUGAUGAUGUUUGUUGGAUUCCUUGGUUGCUAUGGAGCCAUACAGGAAUCGCAGUGUCUUCUCGGAACAUUCUUUGCCUGCCUGGUCAUUCUGUUUGCCUGUGAGGUUGCUGCUGGAAUCUGGGGUUUCAUGCACAAAGACACGAUCUCCAAAGAGGUGAUCUCUUUCUAUGACUCUGUGUUUGACAAAAGCUCAACAGCAACCGAGGAGCAAAAGCCGGCAGCCGUUGCUGUAUUGAAGGUUUUUCAUGAGACUCUUAACUGCUGUGGCAAAGGAGACACGUUUUCAAUAGUUAAACAAUGGUUUAAAGACACCUGUCCUAAAGACUUUUCUACCGUAAACUGUCACACCAAGAUCAACGAUCUUUUCACUGACAAGAUCCAUUUGAUUGGUUUCGCUGCCUUGGCUGUCGCUGUUAUCAUGAUCUUCGAGAUGAUCUUCAGCAUGGUGCUUUGCUGCAGCAUCAGGAACAGCCCUGUUUACUGAAACAGAAGGGCAAGAUUUUACCUUUAAAAAAUCAGCCAAAAGAAAACCUUUUUUUUGUUUUGUAUCUACCAUCUUCUAUUUUGUUUUGUAUCUACCAUUGUUUCCUAAUGUAGUCACCCUGCCUAGUUCCCGAUGUCUCAGAACAAUUUGUGUGCUUUUUUUUUUUUUUCUUCUUGUGUUUUGAUCAAAAGUUGCAGUGGAACCACCAACAACUAGUCUGCUAUUGUUUAUGCUGUAGUUGGAAAAGACUAGUUGGGAUCCGUAGCUAUAGCAGUAGACUUACAAACACAGUACAUUAUCACAUGAAGAAUUGAUACAUUUAUUUGCUUUAGUUUUUUUGCAUUAAAUUUGGAAGUACUGUUAUUGCUAUCAGUCAAUAUCAUUCUUUACGUGUGUACAUGUAUAAACUGUAUAUAUUUGCAGCCCUGUAUGGCUCUUAAGCAUGAAUCUUGUAUCGAACACUCCUGUCCAUCUUCUUUUCUGAGACUGCUGUUUGUAUGUUCACGGUUCUUCCUGAGAAACCACUAAAUAAACAGUGUUAGCUAGGUAGGAGAGCAAGUCAGAAUAGAGUGCUUAUUGGAAGUGAGAGUAAAAGGAUUAAUAACAUUAAAGACCCAUGUAUACUUCCUUUUCCGCGUUCCGCUCCAUCUAGCACAGUUGAACACUCAAGGAAUUCAAAAUAAACUCCGUAGACAGUGCUUUAGGACGGAUGCGUUCGACGCCUGUGCACUGCCUAGUGAACCUUCGUUUCCAAGGCUUCACGCGGACAGUAUGCACUGACGUUAGCAGACUUGCAUCACACGGACUGUCAACUGGAGUGAAAUUCGGACAAGGAAAGUAUACAUUUAAGCUCAUUCGGUUCAAAACGUACUAUAUACCGGGCUCUAUGAAUCAACAAGUUAAUGUCAGUCAACAGCACUUGUAACAUAAUGUUGUUUACAACAAAAAUUAGAUUCCACUCUAAAAAAACAGCAACAUUCUGGGUUACAAUGAUGUAUUUAAAAUAACGGUGAAUGAGGCCGAUUUGUAAACAUUUAAAUUUGGUUGUUUGAUUAGAGAAUUGAUCAGAACAACUUAAGAGCUCAAAUAAUAUUCAAGCUUUAAUAGAUGCGUUAAUGUAAGCGUGUGUAUAAAAUGACUCAUUUCUGUUUUAAAAUUCUCUAGAAAGAUACAUCAUUCACUUUUAUUUUACGUGCCUUCACCGCAGCAUUGGUUUUUGCUUUUUUGAAGAUCCAGAAUUAGUUUUUGUGCAACAUUACGCCGCGAAUGUUAUCAGUUGAGUUUAACUUAAUCGGCAGAAUCUAUGAUCAUUGUGUUUCUUAUUUGUGAGAUCACAGACGGAGAGAGCUGAUCCUAGAUCUGCAUUCGUGCUGUGGAAAGCUGUAAACCUAGAGCUUCUGAUGCCCACUUCAAUCUACAAUCUCUUUAUGCUCUCUUAAUACACUGUAAUGUAUUUUUCUAGAUGGCUGUCAUACAAGGAGUUGGACCACAUGUAGAUUCACUGCCACAGUCAAUGGAGUUCUAGCCUUAUUUACAGUGAUCCAAGCCAUAGAGAGGAUUCAUCCAAACCUACUAGCCUUAUUAAUGAAACACCUCAUCCCUUAAUCACUUAGAUAGCAAAUCCAAAUUGAUUCCUAAUGGAACCGUCUAUGCUGUAAGUGUAAUGUGUUCUGAUAUCACUCAACUGGGAAAUCCAAGGAGUUUGCGUGAUUGUCUGUAUGUACAUGUGUGAUAUGUAUUGACAGUGAGUUUAGAAGGACAGGCUUGGUUGGUUAUAGGAUUGACAAGCUCUUGACUCUUCACACUGCCACCUCUAUCACAGAUGUAGUUGUUGUAAUACCUUGUCACCUUCACUAGGUGGCGCUCUGGUAGUAGGCUUUUCAUUUUGAAAACUGGUGUCUACUCUCUUAGUAUGCCUGUGUACAUGUCUGUCAUGCACUUGUUCUUCUAGACCGCACUAAAACGAAGCGCCUUCAUCCAUGAUGCAUAAAUACCAUCAGAUUUGUGAUUUACAUACAUUAUGCAACCCUGUAUUGUUAACACAUAAUGCCUAUGCUGAUAUGCUUAGAAAGUGUCUUGUAAUGUGUACAGCUAUAUAGUAUACUAAUUACAAUGUAAAGACAAUGUAUGCCUUUAAUUGUGAUAUCUUUUUUUCUCUCUCUCUGGUAUGCAAUGAUUUAAUUUGAAGCAUGUAAGAAUUUUGGGGGUCCUGACAAGUCGAGCAUGAUCUACUAACUAUUAAAUAUUAUGAAGGAGAAACAGUUGUUAAUGAAAUUAACUGUUGAAGUUAAAACACAUCAGCGUAUUUGGACACUAUCAAAUGUUACUGUUGUGUUGAAAGAAUCUCAUACUAAUCUGAUACCCAAAUUGACAACUGUAACUCAAGCUCUCAUCAUCUUGACACAUCAAUUAUAGAUUUUGGUCUGAUUUUCUUGCCCAAAUAUUAAGGAAUUAAACGUAUUUUACAAAUAAUAGCCUA